UCCAUUUUAAAAAUGGCGUUGGUUUGGUUCAAAAUGUGAGGCCUUUGUUUUCAUAAUGCCUGGUUGAAAAUCGGACCUAAAAAUUAUAAUGGCGGACGAAGUGGAGGAGUUUGUCUUUAUUUCUCCUCCUGAGGCUCCUGUUUUUGAGCCAACUGAUGAGGAAUUCCAGGACCCUUUGGCUUAUAUCGCGAAGAUAAGACCGUAUGCAGAAAAAACUGGAAUUUGCAAGAUUCGACCACCCCCGGAUUGGAAACCUCCUUUUGCUGUAGAAGUAGAAACUUUUACUUUUACUCCAAGAAUACAAAGACUCAAUGAACUCGAGGCUAGGACCAGAGUAAAACUUAACUUUCUAGAUGCUUUAGCAAAGUUUUGGGAAUUACAGGGCACAGUCUUCAAAAUCCCCCAAGUGGAGAGAAAAAGUCUGGAUCUCUUUAGAUUGUACAAGGUAAGGGAAUUUUUGUUACACAGAUUGGACAAUAAAGGGAUUGCCCCUCUUCUCGUUGAUGCAACCACAGCGUUUGAAUUACAACACCGUCAAGCACGCAAGGCUUCGAGCCUUUUUUAUACCUGUCCAGUAACUACAUAUCUGGAAAAUAUAACUUUUGAUUCCUUAAAUGAGCUAUUUCAUUUAUACGGUACUCUAAGUUUAACUGUUAUACUUCCUAAUCAACAUUUAACUCAAAACCCAAGGACAUUAUACCAUAGUCCAAUGUUAAUGCAACCCAGUUUUCCAGCCCAAUCAAGUAUUAAUAUCAGCAUAGCUAGUUAAAUCUGUUAGAACAGAUGUGUUUUUCCCGUUGUAUUCGCAAUUAGAUUCUCAAUGGGUGUAAUUUGGACAA